AUGAAUAUAUUGCGUAUGGAUAUAUUAUCAAGGGGUGGGACCCAGGAGAUAGAGCAUAGGGAAGGUUUUUUUAACACAUCAUUUCAAUAUGUGUUAUCAGCAUGUUUAGCAUCAUUUAUUUUUGGAUAUCAAGUUAGUGUUUUAAACACAAUUAAAAGUUAUAUAGUUGUAGAGUUUGAAUGGUGUGCAGGGCAAAAGGCCACAUCAUGCGAAGAUAGUGUACUUAAAAGCUCAUUUUUAUUAGCCUCAAUAUUUAUUGGAGCUGUUAUAGGUAGUGGAUUUUCAGGAUGCUUAGUUAAGUAUGGAAGACGAUUUUCAUUAUUGGUUAUAUAUGUUUUUUUCAUUUUUAUAAGUAUAUUAACAUCUAUUAGCCACCACUUCCAUACAAUAUUAUAUGCUCGUUUACUAAGUGGUUUUGGUAUUGGGUUAAUAACAGUCAGUGUACCCAUGUACAUAUCUGAAAUGACCCACAAGGAUAAAAAGGGAGCAUAUGGUGUAUUGCAUCAAUUAUUUAUAACAUUUGGAAUAUUUAUUGCAGUUUUAAUGGGAUUAUUUUUGGGAGACGGGCCUAAAACAAGUGGCAAAACAAUCACAUUAACAGAUUUUGAACUGUUUUGGUGGAGAUUUAUGUUUUUUUUCCCCACUAUAAUAUCUAUUGCUGGAAUAAUUUUAUUGGUCUUUUUUUACAAAGAGGAAACACCAUACUUUUUAUAUGAAAAUGGUGAUAUUGAAGGAUCCAGAAAUAUAUUGAAAAAAAUAUAUGGCCCAUCUGAUGUUGAUGAUGGACUUAGAGCUAUUAAAGAUGCCAUAGAUCAAAACAAAGCAGCUAAAGAAAGUUCAUUAUCAUUAUUAAAUGCCUUAAAAAUCCCAGCAUAUAGAAAUGUUAUAAUAUUAGGAUGUGUAUUAUCAGGCUUUCAACAAUUUACUGGUAUAAAUGUGUUAGUAGCAAAUUCAAAUGAAUUAUAUAAAGAAUUUUUAGAUGCAAAAUUUAUAACAAUAUUAAGUGUCAUAAUGACAGCAGUUAACUUUUUGAUGACAUUCCCAGCUAUAUAUAUUAUAGAAAAGCUUGGAAGAAAAACAUUAUUAUUAGGAGGAUGUGUUGGUGUUAUUUGUGCCUUUUUACCAACUGCUAUAGCUAGACAAAUAUGGGGAGCAACAAGAGCUGUAAAUGUAUUAUCCAUUGUUGGAACUUUUGUUAUGAUUAUAUCAUUUGCUGUAUCAUAUGGUCCAGUAUUGUGGAUAUAUUUACAUGAAAUGUUUCCUUCUGAAAUAAAAGAUAGUGCAGCUAGUUUAGCUUCAUUGAUAAAUUGGUUGUGUGCAAUUAUUGUGGUGUUCCCAUCAGAUAUUAUUAUUAAGCAAUCUCCCGCAAUACUAUUUAUGUUCUUUUCAGUAAUGUGUAUUAUCGCAUUCUUAUUUAUACUUAUCUUCAUUAAAGAAACCAAGGGUGGUGAAAUUGGAACAAGCCCAUAUAUUUCCCUUGAAGAUAGACAACGAUAUAUAAGCAGAUCAAGAGUAUAA